UGCUGCUGAGUGAAGCCGAGAGAAGGCGCCUCCGACCCCGCGCACGCCCAGUUCCUCGGGGCUCUCCCCUGACUACGGGGGCAGCCCCGGCCCCCAUGGAAGCGGGGGUGGAGGCUGCGCGGCCCCCCGGCGAGAGGCGCUGGAGGCCUGAGCCCCCCCUGAGAGCCCUGGUUCUGCCCACGAAGGCCAUGGAGAAGAGGUUGGAAGCCAAGUUCAGCAUUAGCUUCUGGAUUUUAUCAAGACAUUGGCUGGGAAGUUUUCACUUGUUCUACAUGUGUGCCUGCCUCUGUGCCCUCUCUUCAUCUACAGAUGCAAACUGGAAUCGAGCCGUGUGCCAGCCAGAGAAGAUCCUGCUUGGUGGCCAUUUGAGAUCAUGGGGAGAUCGCCAGCUACAGCUUGUGGAGGGAUUUCACUCUGCCCAGUCAUGUCAGGCUGCUUGCUGCCAGAGCCCCAGCUGUGAUGCCUUUUGGCUGUUGGAAAAGAUGUGUAUCCAGGUGAACUGCAUGGUUCCCCACCAGUGUCAGACAAGCAGGACUGACUCCUCAGAUUCCAUUUUGGUGUUUCUAAAGAAAUCGAAAACUACAGAGCGCUCCUUAAGCUCUCAAUGUGAAGGUGAGGUGGAGACUUUGCUUCACAAGUUGUUGGAUUGGUGCACGCCAGUCCAAGCCAAAAAGAGACUGCGAAGGUCCUUCUGGGAGCUGUUGACCCAAAAACAGAAUUUGGCAAAUGACAAGAGGGGCUUGCUGAAAAGGGAUACAAGAGAUCUCCCCACCAGGGGGAAUGCUGAAAAUCUGUCAGCCAGUACCUUGGACAGCGCAUCUAAGAGCGGCUUGAGUAAUAUUGGUCUAAAGGAUAACCCAGAACCUGGGCCUUCAUUGGGGGAGGGGUAUGUUCCCAGUGACCAUGCAACUCAAGAGAAAACUUCACUGCAAAAUGGAACGGACUCAAGAGAAGAGAAAAACAGAAGCCCUGCCUCUCCUGAGAGCCACAGUGUGAGUGGACUGAGUGAUCCAGCUGGUAGCGGCUCUCUAGGGGCUCAUGCAGGAACAUCCACGUCAGAACUCCCAGUGCUGGCUACGUUCUCCAGCCCCAUAGCACAGGGUUUGACUGCCACUGGCAAAGCUGAGAAACUCAAGCAGUCAAACAACACUUCCGUCCAGCCUCUUUCCUUAGAGGAGAUUCUCCCUACGAUCAGUGCUCUGCAGGGGAAAAACACGAUGAAGAUGCAGACCAUUACCGCUAUGCCCACUGGUGUUCCCACCAAUGACAGCGGUACCACAGUCCAGACUAUCCCUGCCAGGUCAUCAAGCACCUCUACACCAGUGCCAGUUAUGAAGGAGCUGGUAGUUUCUGCAGGAAACAAUGUCCAAGUGACCCUGCCAAAAAAUGAAGUUCAGUUAAAUGCAUUUGUCCUUCCUGAACCACCAACAGGAACCAGCUACACCUAUGACUGGGGGCUGAUUACUCACCCAAAAGACUACAGUGGAGAGAUGGAAGGCAAACACUCCCAGACCCUCAAGUUAUCUAAGCUCACCGUUGGUCUGUAUGAAUUUAAAGUGAUAGUUGAUGGAGGAAAAGCACAUGGGGAAGGUUAUGUGAAUGUGACAGUUAACCCAAAGCCUCGUGUGAAUCAGCCUCCUGUGGCUAUUGUGUCACCACAAUCCCAAGAGAUUUCUCUGCCAACCACCUCUACUGUCAUUGAUGGCAGCCAAAGCACUGAUGAUUAUAAAAUUGUCAGUUUCCAUUGGGAAGAAUUGAAGGGGCCACUACGGGAAGAGAAGGUAUCGACUGACACUGCCAUAUUGAAACUGACCAACUUAGUACCCGGGAAUUACACAUUCAGCCUAACAGUUGUGGAUUCAGAUGGUGCCAGCAACUCUACCACUGCCAGCUUGACUGUGAAUAAAGAAGUGGAUUAUCCUCCAGUGGCAAAUGCAGGCCCAAACCAAGUGAUCACGCUUCCCCAAAACUCUAUCACCUUGUACGGGAACCAGAGCACUGAUGAUCAUAGCAUUGUCAGCUACGAAUGGUUACUCAGCCCCAGUAGCAAAGGAAAGGUGAUGGAGAUGCAGGGUGUGAGGACACCAAUAUUACAGCUCUCUGCAAUGCAAGAAGGUGAUUACACCUAUCAGCUAACAGUGACUGAUUCUGCAGGCCAGCAGUCCACCGCUGAGGUCACGGUGAUAGUGCAGCCUGAGAAUAAUAAGCCCCCCAAAGCAGAUGCUGGCCCAGAUAAAGAACUCACCCUCCCUGUGGACAGCACCACUCUAGAUGGCAGCAAGAGCUCAGACGACCAGAAAAUAGUCUCCUUCCUGUGGGAGAAAACACGGGGCCCGGAUGGUGUAAAACUGGAGAAUGCCAACAGCAGCAUUGCCACUGUAACUGGGCUUCAGGUUGGAAUGUACGAAUUCACGCUGACUGUCAAAGAUGAAAGGAGCUUGCAAAGCCAGAGCUCAGUUAAUGUCAUUGUCAAAGAAGAGAUGAACAAACCACCAGUGGCAAAGAUUGCUGGGAAUGUUGUCGUCACCCUGCCUACAGACACAGCAGCCUUGGAUGGGUCCAAAUCCUGGGAUGAUAAGGGAAUUGUCAGCUACCUGUGGACCCGAGACGAGGGGAGUCCUGCGGCUGGGGAGGUGUUAAAUAAUUCAGACCACCACCCUCUGCUUUUCCUCUCCAACCUGGUGGAGGGGACAUACACGUUCCAUCUGAAAGUGACAGAUGCCAAAGGAGAGAGUGAUGCAGAUAGGACCACUGUGGAAGUCAAAGCUGAUCCAAGGAAAAACAAUCUUGUGGAGAUGAUACUGGAUGUUAAUGUCAGCCAGCUGACGGAACGGCAGAAGGGUAUGUUAAUCCGUCAGAUAGGCGUUCUGCUGGGCGUCCUGGACUCGGACAUUACUGUACAAAAGAUCCAGCCUUACACAGAGCAGAGCACAAAGAUGGUGUUCUUUGUGCAGAACCAACCACCCGAUCAGAUCUUCAAAGGGCACGAUGUAGCAUGGACGCUCAAAAGUGAACUCCGGAAACAGCAGUCAGACUUCCUCAUCUUCCGAGCACUAGAAAUUAAUACAGUCACAUGCCAGCUGAAUUGCUCCGAGCAUGGGCGCUGCGACUCCUUCACGAAGCGCUGCAUCUGUGACCCGUUCUGGAUGGAGAACUUCAUCAAAGUGCAGAUGGGGGAGGGCGAGAGUAACUGCGAAUGGAGUGUGCUGUAUGUGAUCAUUGCGUCUUUUGUCAUUGUGGUUGCCUUUGGAAUCUUAUCCUGGACUGUGGUCUGCUGUUGUAAGAGACGAAAAGGAAAACCCAAAAAGAAAAGCAAAUACAAGAUUUUGGAUGCCACAGAUCAGGAGAGUCUGGAGUUAAAACCAAACCUCAAAGCAGGCCAGAGGAGAAGCAGUGAUGCUAGAGAAGGCAGCAGACAGAAAGCUCAGGUCCUUAACACCAGCCUGAUGCAUUCCGAAUCUGAACUGGACAGCGACGAAGCCAUCUUCACAUGGCCAGACCGAGAGAAAGGGAGACUACUGCGGAGUCAGAAUGGCUCCCUGCGCAAUGGGCAGGUGCUGCCCAAACCGAAGAACCAGAGGGAAGAGAUCUUGUAGCCAAGCGCUAAGUUGCCUUUAGCUAAGGGACCGAGUGAAAAGGGAGGCGACUCCAUUCCCCUGUCCCAGGGGGCCCUUGGAGACCAGCUGGAUCGUGUUAGGACAAAGCUGCUAACUUAUUUCAUGGAAACUACCUUUGUUUUUGUGGGUUUCUUUUCGUUCGACUAGAACUGGCUGUACUUGAAUCCUGACUUAAAGGGAAAUCAAAGGGAGGAAAAGGACCUGUGAAAUACAGACUACCUGGCAUCUGGAAUGCCACAGGACAGAACCACUUACCACAGCUGUGAAAGCACAGACCCACCCACCUCCUACUGCAAUGGAGGCAAAAUUCCCAUGGACCUUCAGUCUACUCCCUCCUGGAGGAUUCUUCUCUCUGAAGGAGGGUCAGGGUCGGGCUUGUGAGAGCCGUGCUUUGGGCUCCCAUCAGACCACCACAGCCUCCAACAGUGAUGGCACACUGACUGACUGACUUUUUAAAAAAGAAAAACAAACCUAGCUCACAUGCUACUUCAGCUGCAGAAAAAGCUUUCCCCCCCCCGCGCUCUACCCCACCCCGCUCCACUGAUUAAGCACCAUUUUCUAAGAAAUUAACCUUGUCCUUUCACACCAGCUAACCGCGUGGGGUGGGGGACAUUCAAAAUACUGUGCUCACCCAGAAUGGCCUGCAUCAGUUCACAGCUAUGAAGGGGUUGUAAUUGUUUUAAAUUGUUAGUCUUAUCACUGGGAAUGGAGAUAAAAUGGCACCUAAUCAGAUGCCAAAAACUAAGCUGGAGUGAACAGCCCAGCUCCAGAGUCUGUGCUAGCCAGCUGAAUGGGGCGCCCCCAUCCCUGCACCCAGCUCUUCCGGGUUUGUACCAGACCCAGGGGAUCAUUUGCCAGUGCGAAGGAGAGUGCCUGCCUUUCUGGUAUCUGUGACUAAUAGUUUAAUUCCAAAGCCCUGGGAAGCUUGUUCAGCUCCACGGCACACUGUCGAUUCUGAAACACUUCAGUGUGUGCUCUGUGACACUGUAGAAUAUCAGUACUGCCCUCCCUACUGUACGAUGCCAUGAUGCUGUCCUUUCUUCAAACACUUACACACGUCAAAGACAAACAUGGGUGGAUACCUUCACUCCCCGAUGGCUGGACGUCCCCCUCCAGCUGGCACUUCAGUAGCCUUUUGUUGCGCUGUCAUUGAGUAGCCCUGUGUAUGCUCCUAGCAUGGAAUUGUUUUGACUGAUGGCUGACAUGCACACGUCAAAUUUAUUAACUGACUGAAACAGGGACCAUUCAGAUCCUCUUUGCCCAAAUACCUGCAGGUGGCUCCCAGAGGCACAUCCCCAUAGGGAGUGUGUCCUCGCUGGGCAGCGUGGUUCUGAACUACAUGCCCCUUUCAGUCGAUGACAACGGGGAGUCGAGUGAUUGUGUGUGACGCUCCCUCCCCAUUGCCAUGUCUGUCUCAGCAUGCUGCUUUCUUGAGCCAAACCUCCAUCCUUGGCAAGUGUUUGCCCUUUUCAAUGAGGUGUCAGAUGCCUCAGCCCCUCUAGGGUGAGUACUUAGUUUUUGGCCUUCCUUUGUGUUUAAUUAAACUGGUAACUUGUUUCAUUGGCUUCCUUUUUUGGAUACUGAAAGACAAAAGGCUUUAAACUCCGAAGUUGUAUUUAUGUUGCUGCACUACUGAUUUGUGUUGAACCAGAUGAAGAUUAAAUUAAAAUCUAUUUAAUUUGAGGGAGUGUUCCCCUCUGAAUGUAGUCAUGGCUGCUGCUAAUUUAAUGUUUCCGUGCAAUGAGAUGUCUUCCUUAGGCACAAGUGUUGGAUUCUGUGUUUAUUUCUACUUGGCUAAUAAGACAUGAGGAUUUUCCCAGUUGACUUAGGCCAGCUGUAGUUCUUGACCUCAUGUGAUAGUGCCUGUUCCUCUCUCCAGACUCCUGUGGUGGGCUCAGCCUGGCUGGUCUCCCCCUAGGUGAUGGGACCACCAACAUGUUGCCAUAAUCCCACAUGCACUCCUGCCUUCCCCCCGCCCCCCAUGCAGGGUGAAGGUAACACCAGACUUCUCCAUUUAAAGGGACACAGUCAAGUUAAAAAUCACACUUCGGUCUGAAAUUUACUGUUGUAAGUAGCACUGAAACCUGUGGGCAGGGUGUCAUCCAUGAAACUCUUUUAAACUGAUGGUAGGUAACCCUUUAAUCUUCUCCUCCCUUAGGCACAUACUUUAAGCUGGUCACUCCCCUUCUGUCCUGGGGAGGUUCUCCCUGCAAGGAACUCUCAGCCUGUUUGCAGCAGUGAGGCUUUUAGGAAUUCUUUUCCUGCAGAGAUCAGUACCUCUCACAGGAGAUGCACGCUGUGCCUUUACACUGGCGCUCUGCCUUCCUGUUACAGAAGGGGGAAGCAUUAAAACCUGUCCAGCUAUUACUCGACAGAACCUUUGUUUAGCUGAGGGGUUGUUUUUUUCCUUCCUCCUGUUUCACUGUGGGAACUGGUCACUUACACCGAAGUGCUUUAGUUGGCUGACUGCACCGCUGUCGAUAGAAUAGUUGUUUCCUGCCUGGCAUGGAGACGACUUGCAUUUUGCAGAAGGCGAUAGGCCUUCUACAGACUCCUUGCUAACCAGUUUUGGUAGGAGAGCUUCCUGUCCUUAGUCAUUUGUCAUCUCAAAAUGCAGGCUUAUAACCGCAGAUCACAAGUCCCGAAAGUUAGAUUUCCUGCUUGCCAUUAGUAUUCUUUUAUUGUGCAACAUUCCGCCUCUGCAUGAAACACCCCCUCAGCUACCUCCCAAAAAAACCCUGUUCUGCACUUCAGAUAUUAACCCUUUGUGCCUCUAAAUUGUUUCACCCUAACAGAGGUUAUGAAGAAGUAUGUCCAGUAAUACACCUGCCCUCACUGUGCCCUGAUAAUUGUGAGAAGCUUUUCAUAAAUGAAUUUGGAAUCUAGGAGACUCUAAUGUCAAUCAAGGGACAAGAGGUCAGUGAAAAACCCUGACAAGCAGAAGGUGAAAGCAUUAGUUGCCUUGAUGUGAAAAUCUCCAUUAGGGUGGAAGAGGGUGUGGGCAGAUUGUCUGCUUGGAAAAAGACAACAGCCCAUGUUAGAGACGAUCCUCCUCUGAUGUAGGCGUGUGUACAAUGAAAGCAUUAGUUUAAAAUCCUGUAACUCCCUUUCCUCCUCCUCCCCCCAGGGUAUUAUUAAUAUCAUUGCUCAUUUGUUACCUAAGUACCCUGAUCCUGGUUUGACCUUGCAAUAAGAUGUUUUCUGCAUGGGUAUGCAUUAUGAUUUCACAGUUAGAGACUCUAUGGCUACAAGUUACCCAUGUGUGGAAGUUAAAAGCUGAGACAUCUGUUAGAUGAACCAUCAGCCGAAUUUGAUUUUGUUUUCCUCACUCUUCAGUGUAAAUGUAUUUCAGACACACACUUGUGUUUAGUAAAGAUGUUUGAGUCAGAGGCCAGAAUCUCUUGCUAUGCUGAGAUCCAGUUUUAAAUAGUUUUUGUUAAUUUUUCCUUGUUCUGUACAUUGGGGUGGCCCAACCUGUCUGACCUUUAAUUUCAUGAUGUUUGUUUGAUUGCAGUGUUACUUGGAUCAAGACUGGAAAAUGAUUUUUUUAAAAACCACAUUUCUUGCAAAUAAAAGGGGAAGUUGUUUUGCUGCUGCUUAUCUUA